AUGAUGGGAAUUAGGUCCAAACAACUAUACGACCGGCUUUCGACGAUAGUGAUUGAUAAAGACUUAAGCAUUUUCAAUGAAAUACCGUCUUCAGAAUUUCUCCCGGAGUUGUGUAUGCAUUUCAGUGAGACGAUACCGAAGGAUAUCUUUGAGUAUGAAGAGGAUUCGCACGAAGAUUUGUUGUGUAGGCUAAAGGAGCUGUCAGAAUACCUUGAAGCGAAAUUUGCGAAGAGAGACAAGUAUCCGUUUACUAUCCAGAGGAUUUGCGAGCUAUCGUACCAUCCACUUGAAUACUUUCGUGUUGAUGCGUUGGGGAAGUUCGUGUCGGCUCUUGAAAAGUGCUGUUUUGUGAAUACGGACUGGACACUGAAGCUCGGGGAGGUUAGCCCUAAUACAGAUCCGCUGGAGGACGUUUCACUGGUACCGAUAGACUGGCCAGAGACGAGUAAGGAGGGCAGCCAGUCGUUAGGAAAUCUACUAGCGAAGAUCGAGGCGAUAGUGGCAGUGAACUUUGGUUUCGAUGAUUUCGAAGACGAAGACGAGGACGACGGAGAGGAUGAAGACGGAGACGGCAAUGCCAGACAUUCGUAUGGUAACAACAAACGUGAUGUGUUAAUAGAAAGAUACGAAGAGUUUGAUGACGACGAUUAUGAGCACGACGAUGAAGAAUACAAUGACGAGGAGAGUACCAGCAGCGAUUCGUCCGAUGACGACGAUGACAAAGAAGGUGGGGAAGAGCAAAGCCAUGAUCAGGGCAAAAAAAAUGAAGAAGUAGGAACAUAUAGCAUUGAAUUCUCCAAAUCAAUAGAUGGCGUACAGACGGAAAGCAGUUCGAUCGAAGACGUGAUAGAGGAUGAUAAUGAAAGUGUACUAUCGAGGAAACGGAACGUCACUGAGUUGGACGAUUACCAAUAUAACGAAGUGAAAGAAGGCACCCGGCUCAUUACAACUCCUAAGAAGAGUAAAGUUCCUGCAAACGAACUCGGAUCUGACGUUGUAUCUCCUGUUGUCUCUAACCAAGAAAAUGCAACAACAACAUCAACAAAUGAUGCUGCAAGAAUAAAUGAGUUAGGUUCACCAGAGACGUCGACCUCAGAAGUAACUCAAUCGGAAAAAAAUGAGUUAUCAACAAGUCCAUUGCAUGACAGGACAAGAUCGUAA